CUGAUAUUUUUGUGAAAAUGAAAAAAUGAGAGCAACUGCCCAUCACCAAUCCUUCGUCUCCGUCUCUCCUAUUUUACCUUCAUUUUGAAAUCCACACACACACACAUUUCCUUUCAUUUUCACUCGCUCGAUACAAACAAAAAUGGAAGCUAGAGGGAGAAAGUAGUGAGAGAAAGUUAGGGAGAGAAUCAGAAAAUUGAAAAUUCAACACACGACCAAAAUCGUAACAUUAGCCCCCCAAUCUAUCUUACAAUCAAACAUCAUGCCAUCAGGUGCGAAGAAGCGGAAAGCUGCCAAGAAAAAGAAGGGAAAUCAGUCCAACAACCACCCUAAUCCCUCUUCUGCUUCUGCUCACUCUCAUGCAGGGGAUGAAGACGUGAAACACCAGGACGAUAAAGGGAGUGAUGUUGGGGAGGUUAGUUCACCUGCAUCUCAAGACCACCAUCGCCACGAGACCCUUUUGACGGAGGGGGAGGAAGAAGAGAUUGAGAAGGAAUGGAACCUCUCCAAUCCUCCUACCGUGGGAGAACUGAAGACAGACACUGCUCACGUGCAAAAAGCCUUGGAGAGUGUUGUUCGGGUUGAAACGGAAAUCGAGAUUGACAAUGAAUCGGGACACAAAGAUGAAACGAAAUCUUAUGAUGGAGGUUCAUCUGGUAGAUCUAGUAGUAGCAGCAGCAGCAGCAGUUCAGAUAAUGAGAGUCAUGGUAUCAAGAAUAGUGAAUCUGCCAUGGAUAUUUCUUCAGUCGUUGAUUCAACAAAGGUAGCCGAUUCUUUGUCCGCAAUGUUAGCGGACUCUAUUUUUAGUGCACCAACCAAAGAGGCACGUGAUUCAGUUGCAGAAAAGAUCUCAGUGUCGGGCGAGCAAGUAGGAGUGGAUAUCAGUUCUCCAACUAACAUCACUGUGGCUCCUUAUGUAGUUGAAUCUGGAGACCAGGAAAAUGGGGGAAAGAAGUUGAAUUCUGUUGAGGAUAAAGUUGGUACAUCAAUGGCUUUAGAGAGGAAGGAAGAAGCGAUUGUUCAGUCUGUUCAGGCCACUGCUACAAUUUCAGGUCCGAAGGAAUGUGUUGCACAAGAAACUGAUGAGAGAUUGACAUUGCCAUACAAUGCACAAAGUGCUACUGCUGAUAAUGAAGCUGAACACAAGAAAGAUUCUGGAGUUACCCAGCCUUUGCUGGUUCCUUCUCCACAUCGAGUGCACGGAACAUCCUGGAAGAGUUGUUGUGGACUGUUUGAAGUGUUUUCCGGGUCUGGUGCAUAAUUCAAGGAAGCAGACGUGAAUUUCUUUGGAGAAUGCUGGGAAGGACUUCGAUAGAUAUGUUCGUAAUCAUUUCUUCUUUAAUUAUACUGUUUAAAACAAAUAGGCAAGAAGUCAGCUGAUGGAGUUAGUAUUUCAUUGAAGCAGCUAAUAGUUAGGUCCUAGAAUGUCUGAUUUCUCGUUCUCACAGUGGAUAUAGACCAAGGAUUUCUUUCUUGCGGAGGCACGGAAACCAUGAAGUAGCUAAUUUACUAGUUCAUGUGUUACUUUAUAUCUCAUCUCAUCUCAUGGGCUUGACUUGAAUGUGAACUUGUGUUGCAUGAUUUUGUGGCUUCCAAUAUGGUUUUGAUUUGUGGAAUUUUCAUCUUUGUAGCUC